AACAAAAGGCUCCAGCAUCAGGUUGUGUGGACUCAUCUAGAAAACGGUUGUUUUAUCGUUUCUCAGCUAAUAUUUCAGCAACCAUGUCUUCAGCUCAGCAUCUCAGAGAUUUUAUCAGAGAGAGACUAACUGCUGCUGCUGAAGAAAUCUUCACUGAGGUCGAAAAAACCAUCAUUUGCUACGAGGAGCAGCUCGAUGCUCAGCGCAGGAUGAUGGGGAUCAACUGGAAACCGCAGAUAAAACUCAACAGAAUCGGUUCGGAGCUGCAGAGACAAAGUUCUGACCUGAAGCCACAUGUUUCCACUGAAGAGGAAGCUGCUGCCAUCCACCAAGUCUGUAACCAAGGGAAGAGUUCCAGUGAGGACCAAGAGGAAGCAGAACCUCAAUGGAGUGAAGAACAACAUAUGGAACAAGAAUCUCCACUGAUUGAAGAACAGACAGAACCAGGAUCUCCAGGGAUCAAAGAGGAAGAGGAGGAUAUGCAACUUGUAUUGGUUGAACGGAGAAACCUAAACACUGAAUGGAUCAAAGAGGAAGGAGAGGAACCAAAACCUUCAUUGACAGAAGAAAAUGAGGAAUUCAGGAUUUCUUGGGCUAAAGAGGAAUGCAUAGCACCAGAAACAGCACUGAUUGAAAACCAGGUGGAAGUAGGACCUCCAUGGAUUAAAGACAAAGAGAUGGAACCAGAAGCGUCUGUGACAAAGGAAAGUCAGGAAUCUGAGUUCUCAAGGGAGAAACGGGUGAUACUGAGUGAAAGAAGGCAAGAACCUGAAACUCAGUGGAUUAAGGAAGAGGAGGAAACAGAAUCUCCACUGAGAGAGGACCUAGAUUUUUCACUGCUUAAGCAUGAGCAGCAGGAACCAGAAUAUUUGCCAGUUCGACAGGAGCAGAAGGACCAGAGCAGUCGGGAUGGAGAGCAGCUAGUCCAGAAGCAGUCCAUUGCUUUGAUUGAGACUUCUACUCUUCAAAAAUGUGAUUUCAGUGAAGAACCAAGAACUGAGCAGCUUUUCUUUUACAUCUCUACUGUAGAUGAGACAAAAGAUCAGGAAGAAAUCAAUUCCUCUGUGUCUCAGAGUCAGUCUCAUACUGGCUCCAAGAAUAUGUCUUUAAAAUGUGGCAUUUGUGGGACAUCUUUUAAUAAAAAGUACAACUUCGAAAAGCAUUGCCAAAGUCACACAGGUAAGAGGCCUUUUUCUUGUGACACGUGUGGAAAAAGUUUCUCUCGAAGUGGCUAUUUAAAAGUUCACCAAAAACUUCAUACGAGUGAGAGGCCUUUUACUUGUGAAGCUUGUGGAAAAUCCUUUGUUCGAAUGGGGUAUUUAAAGGCUCACAAGAAAAGUCAUACAGGUGAGAAGUCUUUUUUCUGUGACAUAUGUGGUAAAGGUUUGUCUAGAAUGGAUCAUUUAAGUCAUCACAUGAAAACUCAUACUGGUGAAAGGCCUUUUUCUUGUGAGACAUGUGGGAAAAGCUUUUCUCGACUUGAUAAUUUAAAUCUUCACAAGAAAAUUCAUACAGGUGAGAGGCCCUUUUCUUGUGAAACAUGUGGAAAAUGUUUUUCACAUAGUUCAAAUUUAAAUGCUCACAGGAGAACCCACACAGGUGAGAGACCUUAUUCAUGUCAGACAUGUGGGAAAGCUUUUAGUAUUCGCAAUCGCUUAAAUGUACACCAGAGAACCCACACAGGUGAGAGGCCUUUUUCAUGUCAAGUAUGUGGGAAAAGCUUCAUUGAAAGUAGAAAACUGAAUUUUCACAUGAAACAAAAACACAUAAGUGAGAAGUAGUCAUUUGACCUCAG